AUGAGGGAUAUCUACACAGCUUCACCUGGGCUUCCUCAAGAUUUAUCAUGUCAUAAACAAUUUGUUGUAUUAAGAAAUGAAACACAGAAGUUACCGUCUAUUCAAGAAGAUUCAGAAGCAUGUUUACCUCCAAUUGCUACGUUUAGUCACCAUAGACAGAGCCGUACUGGUUCUUGUAGCUCCUAUGUUGGUAAAUCAGUGAAAUCGGUUGGUGGGAAGCGUCGAAAGCGAUCAAGAUCUAAAUACAGUGAGAAUGUAUUCUACUGCAAUUGGCCACAAUGUCCGCGAUCACUUCAAAAGCAACCUUUUAAACAAAUGGUUCACUUGAAGCAUCAUUUACUUCUACAUAAAAAUCAUUUAAACCUAUCGUGUUCACAAUGCGAAAAACGUUUCAGUUCUAAAGAAAAUUUAAAAAGGCAUACAAAUAUACAUUUAG